ACGCACGAAAACUUAGGAGCGACGCGUCCUAGGGCCUUCACGAAAGGCAAAGUCGCACCCGAGCGUCUGGCCGAGCAUGUCCGCCCCGUUCAUCGCCUUGAUCGCCGCGUCGGCCUCCUUCCGCUCCGCGUACUCGAUCAAGACAUAACCCUUCACGAAGCCCGUCCUCCUAUCGAGAUUGACGUGGAUGUUCCGCACGUCGCCGUACUCGCCGAACGCGUCCAGGAUGUCCUCCUCCUGCGCCUCCUCGUGGACGUUCCACACGAAGACGAUCCAGCCCUCGACGCUCUUGACCGGGCCCGUGCCGGAGGAAGCUGUGCUGUCGAAGGUGCCCCGGCUCAGCUCGGAGUCGUUGCCGUCCGUGCGGUCGCGGUGGCCGCGGCCCUUCGUCCGCAGGCGCGCGCUGCCCUUGCCGCUGGCGGCCGACGAGACGUCGAUCUCGAGCGAGGCCAUGGCUUUUUGCAGGAGGCGGCGGCGGCGUGGGUGUGCUAAAUGGAGAUCGGUGUGCUAAAUGUCGCGGCGACGGCGUAGCGCUGGACCAAGCUGCGCAGGGCAAAAAAUAAGCACUGAGGAUGCUUGUCUUGCACAGAGCAGCCCUGUCGACGACAGGCGCGUCGAUUUUAGUGAGGGCGGAAAUGCUAGUACGUUUGAAACGCUAGCUCUCCCAGGGAGGACGAGG